AUGGGUGCUCUCGAUGCCAUUCGCGGUCGUGACGACAACGGUCGUCUGACCAAGACGGUCGUCGAUCCGUCUGAUUUGCACAACUCGAAGCAUGCGCAGUCCAAUUCGGCAGACACGGCGGUGGAAAUGACACCCGACCAUGAGAGUCCUCCCGUCAGCGAUACAGAUUCUUCUUUCGGCGUGAAUGGAGUUGACGACGAUGAGAAGGAGGUGAUUCAUAACCCGGAGCAUGUGACCGACAAGGCGGCUUUGGGACAGCAGAAAGCUGAAGCUGCGGCUAUGGUUUGGAGUCGCAAGACCGUGGCUGGUGUGUACGCAUGGAUCUGGGUGGGCUUUUUCAUGCUGGCCUUUCACUCCGCCAUCAGCUCUAGCCUGAUGAAUUGGGUUUACGGUGACUUCCAGUCCGCUCCUCAAGUCUCGACAUCAUACAUCUUGGCCAGUGUCAUUGGUGGAACGCUGAAGCUUCCUCUGGCAAAGACCCUCCAGCUCUGGGGUCGUGCCGAGGCCUUGCUGUUCUCUACCGCAAUCUAUACGCUGGGCAUGAUUAUCUUGGCAGCCUGCGAUGGACCCAACGCAUUUGCUGCAGGAUACGUACUCUAUUGGAUUGGAUACUACUGUGUGUAUCUGAUCCUAGAUAUCUUCGUGGCUGACACCACGGGCCUGCGUUCGCGAGCGUUCGCCUUUGCCUUUGCCAGCACGCCCUUCAUCUGUACUGCUUUCACCGGCUCGCUGGCAGCGCAGUCAAUCUACAAUACCUCUGGCUGGCGCUGGGGAUAUGGCAUGUUCUGCAUCAUUCAACCUGCAGUGCUCUGCCCUCUGGCUCUGGUGUUCAAGUUUUAUGAGCGAAAGGCCAUCAGCAUGGGGGUCUGGCAACCCAGAAACUCUGGCCGUACAGCAUGGCAAUCGCUGGUUCAUUACUUCCAUGAAUUCGACGUCGUUGGUGCUUUCCUGCUGAUGGCCGCCUGGGUCAUCUUCUUACUUCCCUUUAGUCUGGCCCAGUACGGCCGCUCCCAGUACAAGUCCGCCACCUUCAUCGCCAUGAUCAUUGUCGGGUUCUGUAUGCUUUUCGUAUUCGCCGCGUGGGAGAAAUGGUUCGCCCGUCACCAUUUCAUUCGCUACGAGAUGCUCAAGAAACCCACUAUCCUUGGAGCCUGUAUCUGCUCGGCGGUGGCUUUCUUCAGCUUUUAUCUCUGGGAUCAGUACUUCUACAACUUUGUUCUCAUCACCUACAAUCUGAAUCUCAGCAUGGCCGGCUACAUGAUUCAGAUCUAUAACGUGGGAUCUACCUUCUGGUCGCCUAUUCUGGGAUUGAUCAUCUGGUGGACCAGACGUUUCAAGUACAUCGUACUCUUCUUUGGUGUACCGCUGAUGAUCCUCGGAUCCGGACUGAUGAUCUAUUUCCGAGGCUCCGAACAUGGCAUUGGCUACAUCAUCAUGUGCCAAAUCUUCAUCGCCUUUGCGGGCGGUACGAUCGUCAUCGGCGAGGAUAUGGCUGUCAUGGCCGCCGGUGGUCGUGAAAAUACCCCGAUGAUGCUGGCCUUGAUUGGUCUCUUCUCCAGUAUCGGAGGUGGUAUCGGUUAUGCCAUUUCAGCUGCCAUCUACAACAACGUGUUUGUGGAUGCGCUGACCAGCCAUCUGCCUGAUGACCUCAAGGCCAACGCAACCGAGAUCUUCCUUGGUGGUGUCACUCUCCAAAGCACCUACCCCGUCGGGUCUCCACUGCGGGAUGCUUGCGUCUACGCGUGGGGUUAUGCCCAGCGGAUGAACUGCAUUGCCUCGACCUGCGUUCUGGUCCUGCUCAUCCCCGCCGUCGCCGUGUGGAAGAACUACGACGUCGGCAAGAAGCAGAAUAAGGGUACCAUGCUCUUUGAAUGA